AUGAUUCAAAUAAAAUCUUCGGCUUGUUUGAUACUAGCAAUCUCGCUAUUUGUCACCUCCACUUUGGGUAGUAGCUACAGUCAUCCUAAAUUCAAGCGAAGCAUUACUGGUGCUAAUGUAGCUGCCCGCAAGUAUAUUGUUGAAUUGGUUCAAGCUCCCAACGUUACCGUGGAAUCAUUUAUUGAUUUCACUAAUUCUCAUUCGGAUAAUGUACACAUCCAACGUACCAUCUCUCACGAAUUUUUGAAUGCUGUUUCAAUUGGCAUCAUGGAAGAUAGUAUCGAGAAAGAGCAUGCUACCUUGAAGCUGAUUCUGGAUCAUAUGAAUGUCCAAUCUGUCUCUCCUAUCCAAAUUUACAAGUCUAGUACAAUUGAUUCUAGCAAGAGCCAAUUAUCUGCACAUGACGUGGAUCUCAUGUCCCCUCAUCGUUUUUCACAAGUAGAAAGAGUUCAUAGCGAGCUUAAAUUAAGAGGCGAAGGUAUUUUUAUUGGUAUCAUUGAUACAGGUGUUGAUUACAUGCAUCCAGCAUUAGGCGGAGGCUUUGGUCCUGGGUUUAAGAUUGAAGCUGGUUGUGAUCUUGUCGGAGAUGACUAUUCUUCAAGUAAUGUCACCUCAGUUCCUCAAGAGGGUCCUACACCACUUGAACAAUGCCCUGAGGGUUCCGGAGCUACUGGCCAUGGCACCCAUGUUACCGGUAUCAUUGGUGGUUACGAUCCUUUAACUAACUUUACAGGUGUUGCACCAGGAGCAAGAUUAGGCCAUUGGAGGGUUGGUAGUUGCACGGAUGAUAUGCCAUCGGAUGCUAUCAUAAAAGCCAUGACAUUGGCUCAUAAAGCCGGUGUUCAUAUCCUUAGUAUGAGUCUUGGAUCAUCUCAACCAUGGGCUGCACCUGGAACAAUUGAAAGCAAAUUGGUAAAAGACAUUGUUGACAGCGGUAUCAGUGUGAUUGUUGCUGCUGGUAAUGAGGGAGAUCAAGGUGCUUACACUGUUGGCCAUCCCGCUACUGCCCCAGGUUCGUUUUCAGUUGCUUCUGUUAAUAAUGAAUAUGAUUACUUCGAUUGUUCUUUCAGUGCUCAAGGAAUUUCUACUCGUAUCCCCUGUAAUUUACCCGCAAAUGAAACUACUAAUGCAAAGGAUACAAGACCUUUGAUCAAUGGUAUUGUUACGCUUCCCGGUAAAGAUGUCGACCAUGCCUGUGAGGCCAUUGAUUUGAACAUAAAAGGGAAAGUCGUAAUGCUUGGUUUUGCUGACUGUGAGCUUGAAGUACAAAUGAAGAAUAUUUACGAUGCUGGUGCUGUUGGAGCUAUCGUAUAUGGACCUACCGAAAAGAGCUAUCUAUCAGGAAUUGCAAUGAGUUCCUACCUUCCAUUUGUAUUUAUUUCGUACAGUAAUGCCAUUGAAAUUCUCAAAGGCAUAAAAACCAACACAAUGAUUAAGUUCUCGAGAGACCUUCCUUCGUACUUAUUUAAAAAUGAAAAGUAUGCAACAACAGCUUCUUAUUUUACCUCCGUCGGGCCUACCGCUGAUUUGGACAUGAACCCUCAUAUUGCUGCUGUUGGACAAGCUUUUUACUCCACAAUUCCUGUGAACCGAGGAUCUUACGAAUUUAAGCAAGGCACAUCAAUGGCUUGUCCAUAUGUAGCUGGAUCGGUUGCAUUGUUUAUUCAGCAAAACGGUGUUGGUAAGACAUCACCCCAGGUUGUCUAUGAAAAGUUCCAAAAUUAUGCGUUUCAACCAAAUGUCUAUAACAGAACCAGUGGUUUCCUUGAUAAUCCCCUUCGUUCUGGUGCUGGUGCCGUUCAAGUUUACGAUACCAUUACACAAGCUGCUCAUGUUACGCCUGGUCAAAUCAGUUUCCGUGAUUCUUCUUCUACAACUGACAAGACCCAGACACUCACAAUUACAAAUCAUGGUUCGGAAGCCGUUACAUAUAGACUUUACAACAAUGCAUCUGUAGCUAUUGCACCUUAUGAUAGAAUCAACUCUGGUUAUAAACUGUUGGCACCUGCUCCCAAUGUAAAUGAGGCUGCCCAAAUUGAUUUCUCUGUUUCCGAGCUCCAUUUAGACCCUGGCCAAAGCGGGUCUGUUAGUGUCACUGUUCACCCACCUAAGACAGACUCUCUUGACCAUAUAAUGUAUGGUGGAUACAUUCAGUUAUACCCCAGCAUCGUAAGUGCCAAAGCUUUGCAUGUUCCUUAUUUUGGUAUUGUCGGUCGUCAAAAUGAUAUUCCCAUAUUUCAAGUCAACAGCGAGGAUUUUAUAGUAGCAUUGGAAAGCGACCCAGAUGUAACUUAUAACAUUACAGAUACUAUAGUACUCAAGGAUAGCUCGUGGUCGGUUGGCGUGAAGUAUAUGGUUUUGGCUCCUACUAUGGUGAUUAAAUUCGAGCUUUUAAUGGGUCAAAAAGUCCUGGGACAGGCUUCUCCAAUCCAUAGAUAUAACGGUGUAACAGUGCCAGGUACUCCUGAAGAGUUAUUCUGGAGUGGCGAAUAUUUUAAUGCUCCUUUUGAUCUUUCCUCAAAAGCAGGUAUUACAGAAGAAGCUUCAAACGCAAUUGAAAAGUUUAAAGUAUCCAAGGGAACAUAUCACAUCCGUGUAAGUGCUCUGAAGUUAUUAGGCGAUAUGGAUAACGUUGACGACUGGGAUACGUUUACAAUCGGUCCCCUUAUUGUAAAAUAA